CAAUGCGCUCAGGUUCACGUACCCAGCGAGCGGCGAAGAUUGCCUGCAUACGUUCUUAGACAUACUCCGCCGGCUGUGGUACGUUCUCAGAUACUUGGAAGGGCAGUGCGGUCACCCGUCAUCAAUCUACGGAUGGCGUGACUGUCAAUAUGGCAAGGCAGUCGACCACUCGAAUUGGCAGUGUGAGGACCACCCAAGAAAGCAACCAAAGUGCCAAGCAAACUGUCAACCGACGUGCAAGGCAGCGUGCCAACCAAACACCCAGGCAAACUGCCAGCCAGCUUCUCCAUUGAUGAGCUACUUCAACGAUUGCCUACCCGGACAUUUGCCUCACAGGUUGGAAUCAAUCGGUUGCAAAUCAGAGUGUAAAACGUGCUCCCCCAAAUCGAAGGGGAUGCCCUGUUUGACGCCACUUGGUUUCAGGGCUUUCUCCGGCUCUACCAAAACCGGUAAAGUGCUUUGCAAAAUACUCGAUGAAUUCCUGAAUUCCGAUGACGUUUCAUGCUUAUUUGCACUGGCGCAGAGUCCACCGGCGACAUUGGCUGAACAUUUCGGCUUUACUUUGUCGCUGGUGAAAGGGUGGUAUGCUGGUUUGACAUCGACAUACAACAACGGAUUCCAAUCAGUGUUUGCAACAUCAAUAGAUAAGCAGUCCAUUAGUCUUUACAAGGAGACCAGUACACUUACUGAUGCUCUUCGUGACGCUUACGGUAGCAGUCAGAGUAGUCAUGAGACUAAAAAGCAUAAUGAACAGCCUGCUAAAGCCGAAGAAGAAAUUAUAAGAGGUGACUUGUCAAGUCUGUCGAUGACUGUAGAAUGUCCCGGUCAGCACUGCGGUCCAUACCUUUCACCUCUCUGCAGCGACACUUAUCGUCACCUCCUCAGGAAAAAUUCCGACACUUACCUCUCCUGGUCGGUGUAUCUCCCGUGGACAUUUUGGGACCUGCUGAACAGCUUAUACAAUUCACUCUGCGCCAUCUCUUGUCAAGAUUGGGGCUGCAAAACGUGUAUGCAGGGCGAUGCCUGCAGACGAGGAAAACACGGUGACUCUCAGUCGGCUUGUAAGUGUCCCUCAUUAGUUGCUUGCAGAGGCGUGUCACCGACACUGUACAGCUAUGGAUUCAGGUUUGGCGUGCCAUGGUUGUUGGGUGAUAAAACGACGAAGAAGACGUGCUUCGACAUUCAAAAACAGUUGCAAAAUGUGCUUCAAUCGCAACAUUUCGAAGAACUGUUUAAGCAAUGUGAUGAAUUCAUUUUCACCAUCAGAGAACCCUUCAUCUGGCUCAACGUCGCCCUCUGGCUCCUCUCCUUCCUCUACCUCCUCCACAUCAUGGUCAUCCGGCUCGACCUGCUCCACAUCAAAUCGCAUCUACAUAGUCCCUCAUCACAUCGUAUCGCCGCGCAAUCAUUACUCGCCGCUGCACGUGUUAACAAGCUUAACAGAGUGUUUUAUCUGCAGCCAUAA